AUGAAUUUCGAACUGUUUACCUUCUUUCUUAUUGCUUUGCUAAUGAUAUAUAAUGUCAAUAGCCAAUGGCCGUGGUCAGGACCAGAUUUCUGGCAUAGACAUGGCCAUGGAGGCCAUCAUCAUCACGGAAGAGGAAGUCACGAGAUGGGAAACGGAAGAAUCGGUGGUCAAGGACAGUUUAAUGGUGGAAGCGGCUGGGGAGGCUCGAGCAUGGGCGGUGGAACAGGAGGAUGGGGUGGUAGCCAAGGUGGAACGGGAGGAUGGGGUGGCAGUCAAGGAGGAACAGGAGGAUGGAGUGGUGGUCAAGGUGGAACGGGAGGAUGGGGUGGCGGUCAAGGAGGGACGGGAGGAUGGGGUGGUGGUCAAGGUGGAGCAGGAGGGACGGUUGGUGGUCAAGGUGGGACAGGAGGAAGAGGUGGUGGUAAAGGUGGAACAGGAGGGAGACACGGUAAUUACCGCAUAUUCUGUCUGCUUUUAUGCUUCAUUUUAUGUUCGAGUAAUGCUGAUAAUGAACCUAAUAUCGAAUCGUUUCGAGCCGAGCAGGAGAAAUUAUUGCGUCAACUUCGCUUUUUGAGCUUCGGCAAUCAAGAAAUUAAGAAUCAACCGGAAUUUGUAGCGCUGAAGCGAGUUAUUAGAGAACCACCACCAUAUGCGGCCUCGGGAGGUCGCCCAUCAUAUGGAAGUAGACCACCUUACAGAAACCCACCACCUUACGUAGGACGACCGCUUUACGGAAAUCCACCACCGUACGGCCAUCGUCCACCUUACGAUUAUCAUGGAAGUCGACCACCAUAUGUGCAUAAUCGUUUUCAAAGAGAAAUGCCACCAACUGAUUAUGGAAGAUUUUCCAGUGGUUAUGGAAUACAUUCCAGUCCAAUCGGCGGUAGUGGAAUAUAUACUGGAGCUAUUGGUGGCCAAGGAUCAUAUAGCGCUAAUAGAAGUUCAAGGCCACAUUAUUCCGGUGGCCGUUAA